AUGACACGGAGAAAGAAGACAAAGCCCGCUGCCAACCAAAACCUCAACCAAUCUGGAGCCACUGCAACUGUCAGUGUAUCCUCAGCUACCGGUCCUCGUGCCAGCACCGUUCACAAUGCAUCGUCUGUAAGUAAUACAGGAACUAACGUGCCUCGCAGAGUCACCACGUCGGACCCCCGCUCGGCCGUCGCGUCAUCUACCUCCAGUCACUCAUUUACCUCCAGUGCAACUGCUCCAUCUUCUAACUCUUGCUCCGCGUCCACAUCCUCAAGAAUCAGUAAUGCAACAACCUCCUUUAGUGAUAAAUCUUCAGCGUCCACAAGCAAAGAGUCCCGUAGCAAGACAUCAGUAAAGCGCGAUCCGAAAAAAACCUUUAAGGAAAUAGUGAAAUAUGAAACAAAACAGAUCUAUAUACAGCCCAAGUAUCCAAUACUAACCGUUGAGCGCCUCCCGAAUUUGGAUAAUCACGUACGGGUACUAACUGAGAGCAUAGGCUGGAGGCCCAGAGUAUACCAGCACGGGAAGGGCGUGAGGUUUGUCCCAGAAUCGCAGGAAGAAUACAGAAUUAUACAACGUUAUUUAGCGAAGAUUGAAACUGAAGAUAGGAUCGCCUGGUGUUCAUACACUUUACCCCCCGGGAAUAGUUUAAAAGUGAACAUCAAGGUCCGAGUCGUCGAAACUGUUGAGAUAGAAAAUAAACUACAAAAGCUUCAAAUACAAAACACUGCUCGACCUAGGCAGACAAAAUAG